GGUAUUUGCCGGCAAAAGUAGCGCGUUUUAGCGCGUUAUUUGUUUUACCAACGGUACUAAAACAAUACACCGUUUUUUUGUGACAAGAAAACAGACUAUGGAAUAGCUCGCGAGAGCGAGGUUGUAAUUUCCAACAAACCCGCCUGUAAUGUUCAGUUGUUUCUGGAUUGAGCCUUGUGGUUCUUUGUUGUAAACAUUGCGUUUCUUCGAGGUUACGUGCUUUUUACAAGGGACACUGGAAUCAAGUUUGCAUUGGAUAUUUUUGAAAAACAUUUCUUAAGCUGUUUACAGGUAAAGGCGUUACAGUUGUGAAGUAUGGCGACUGGAGGAGCUCCUUUUGAAGAAGGUGUUGAUGACCAGGAUUUGCCUAACUGGAGUAUCAGCAAUGGAAGUCUGGAGGACAGGCUAAAUAAUAUGGAUUGGGGUGUGCAGCAUAAAGCAAAUAGGCCCUCUGAAAAAAACAAGAAAAAGUUUGCCGUUGGAGCUGAAAGUAGAGUAACCAAUGACAUUUCUCCGGAGUCCUCUCCAGGAGUCGGUCGAAGGAGAGCCAGAACUCCUCAUUCAUUCUCCCAUGUGAAAUAUGCAACCCAGAUGUCUGUUCCAGAGCAAGCCGAGUUGGAGAGACUCAAACAGAGGAUUAAUUUCAGUGAUUUAGAUGAGAGGAGCAUUGGGAGUGAUUCCCAAGGCCGAGCCACUGCUGCUAAUAACCAGCGUCAACUUGCUGAAAACAAAAAGCCAUUUAACUUUUUACCACUACAUGUUAACGCUAACAAAAGCAAGGAAGUAGCUGUCAUACCAAGCAAAGAGACAGUGCAGCAGUCUUCAGGCAAGGCUAUGUUUGCUUCAGUUUUGAGCAAAGAUUAUUUGCAGAUUGAGGAGAUGUCUCAAAGUGAAGACAGAAGGGGAGAACCUGAAAUAGACAGCAGCCAGGUUGUCAGCAAACUCGUCCAAAUCCGGGAGUAUAUAGCCAAGGCCAGCUCUAUGCUGGAUGACCUUGUGGAAAAAAAUGAAAUAUCUGCUAAUGUUGAGCGUUUGUCACAUCUAAUAGAUCACCUUAAACAACAGGAGAAAUCUUACCUAAAAUUUCUUCAAAAGAUGUUGGCUAGAGAGAAUGAUGAAGUGUGCACUAUUGAUUCAGCUGUGGGAUCUGGUUCUGUUGCUGAGAGCACAUCUCUGAACAUAGAAGUGCACUCGGAAGCUUCAGACGCCACGGAGGCAUCUCAUAUUCUGAGAUUUCGACCCCGCAUUGAGGACACUCUAGGGAAGUCAGCCUCACAAGGACAGGUUACAGACUUUGAUGUUACUACAACACCAAAAGGGAAAAGGGAGAGAGCUGCUCUGAAUUGCAGGGGAAUAUGGCCUGAUAGGAUUAAUAGCCAGGAUCGUGGAGAACCAUCAAAGGGUAGAGGUCCAAACCACAAUGCAAAAGAAGAGCUGGAAAAUCUGAAAAAACAGCAUGAUCUCCUGAAGAGAAUGUUACAACAACAGGAACAGCUGAGAGCACUACAGGGAAGACAAGCUGCACUGCUGGCAAUGCAGCAUAAAGCAGAACAAGCCAUAGCAGUAAUGGAUGACCCUGUUGUUACAGAAACUACUGGGAGUGUCUCUGGACUGAGCAUAACAUCAGAGUUAAAUGAGGAGUUAAAUGAUUUGAUUCAGAGAUUCCACAACCAACUACAUGACACCCAGGCUGUCCCAGAUAACAGACGACAAGCAGAAAGUCUGUCACUUACCAGAGAGGUUUCCAGAAGCAGAAAUUCAUCUGCUUCGGAGCAGCUGUCCGUAGAGAAUGUCCAGCUUGUUAAGCUAAAAGAGCUGCAGGAUAAAAAGCACACAAUGGAUAAAAUACUGGAAGAACUGCACACAUUGAGAGACCAGACCCUCAACAACAACUCGUUUCCUUCCCAGAGGAGUGUGGGUCAGAGAAGUAUAGUUUCAGCUGCUUCAGCACCUGUAGGAACAACUGUAGCAGUCAACAGGGAAUCAAACCGCCUUUCUACAGCCUUCCGCCUUGAUUCAACAGCUUCCCAGAAUGAUAGUGAAGGAGAGGAUAAUGUUAACCCCACAGAGAAACUCCGGAAACUGAAGGAGGUUCAUAAAAGAUUGAAUGAGCUGCGUGAGCUGGUUCAUUACUAUGAACAGACCUCAGACAUGAUAGUGGACACAGUCAAUGAAAACACUAAAGAUGAUGAAGAAACAGAAGAGUCUAUUUUUGAUUCUGAUCAAGAAAACCCAGAACCAAUUACAAACAUAAGAAACCCACAAAGAAGCGGAAAUAGGGCAGAUGUGAAUAGUCUGACAAAUGCUCAGUGUGGUACAAAUAAUAGAGAUGGAAGACUGAAUACAGAUUGCGAGAUCAACAACAGAUCGGCAGCUAACCUGAGGAGUUUAAACAUUCCAUGUGUGAUAGAGUGCCAGUACAAUCGUGCUUUCAAUGAGGAGGGCGAUGAAGAUGAGGGGUCAGUGGAUGAGGAGGAGGAUCAGGAUGAUGAGGAGGAUCAGGAUGAUGAGGGAAGUGAAGGUUCUAAUUCCAGCCAAAGGAGUGAUCUUGAAGAUGAUACUGAGUUUGUAGAGAAAAUCCACAGACUCCAUACUGCUAAACAGAAACUGAGACAACUGCAGGAGCUUGUUGCAAUGGUACAGGACAGUGAUGCUGAUGUAGUUGUUUCAAAUGCAUCCAACGCGAUUGAGGAAGAUGAGGGAAAUCAGCAACCAAAUAACACCAGGCCUAAUGUUCCUAAAACACAGAAGGAUGUUGCAUUAAAAGAAAAGGCGAGGGAGAAGUUCUAUGAAGCUAAACUUCAUCAGCAACAGAAAGAACUUCAGCAGUUGCAUGAUGAAAGACAGCGGUUAUUGGAAAUUCAGGAGAAGAUCCAGGACUUGCAGUGGGCUUGUCCUGACUUGCAGUUGUCUGUGUCUAGUACAAUGAGCCAAUCGGUAGUAAAGCUGCCCGCUGCUACAUCAACCCCUGCUGUGACUCAAUGUGCAGUAUCAAAACCAGUGCAAGACCCUGAAGAAGCUUCACCCCCUGAUAAUGAGCUCUGGUCUGAGAUGCGUCGACACCAGAUCCUGCGAGAAGAACUUCGACAAAGGAGAAAACAGCUUGAAUCUUUAAUGGCUGAGCAUCAGAGACAAAAUGUUUUGAAUGAUAAUACCUCCAAAAGUGAAGGGACUGAUGCACAGUGUUCUCAGCAAAUGAGCAGAAAUGAAAGAACAAUGGCAACAUGGGGUGGGUCUACUCCGUGUGCACUGGAUGAUGAUGAGGAUGAAGAUGGCUUCCUUUCUGAAGGUGCUGAGGUGGAGGAGGAGGAAGAGCAGGGAGACACCAGCUCGAAUGAAAACUUCCCUGUGUACUCCGGAAGUCAGAGACCUUUCAGUGUUAGAAAAACUAGGGAGAGCAACUGGAGGAGGCCUCAUCAGUUUUCUGUAGAUGGUAACAUUCACCCCUCAGCCAAGUCCAACCAACAGCAAAACGUCAGCAUGAGACGGCAGGAAAAUCUACGCUGGGCAUCUGACCUCUCUUUCGUUGAGGAGAAAGAGCAAUGGCAGGAACAGAUUAACCAGCUGAAAAAGCAGCUUGAUUUCAGUAGUAGUAUAUGUCAAACUCUGAUGCAAGACCAGCAGACUCUUUCGUACAUGCUUCAGACUCUGCUUACCAGUCCCUAUAGCAUUUUGCCAAACAACGUUGGAUCCCCACAGGUGCACCUAAUAAUGCACCAGUUAAACCAGUGUUAUACACAGUUGGCUUGGCAACAAAGCAACGUUCAAAGGUUGAAGCAAAUGCUAAGUGAUCUUGUACGGCAGCAGCAGUCACAACAGACGCAGCAAAGUGUUAAACAGGAUCCUUGCCCAUGCCCUCCAUCUCCGAAUGUUGUAUUUCCUUUCAAUUUUCCUCCCCCCUUAAAUUCAGUGAAUGUGCCUGGGCUUGCACAGUUCUCUCCUAUGUCUGCUGGUUUUAACUUUAACCCAGUGUUUCCACCUGGCUUUGGAGACUUUUAUCAAACUGCAGCUACCAAAACUAGUGAGCAACAAGCAGAUCACAAUACCUCUGCAAAAACAGAGUACAUGGCUUUUCCAAAACCAUUUGAAAGCUCUUCUUUGAAUAUGACAGAAAACAAAUGGCAGCAAAAAGAAACCAAAGAUGGAGCUGAGCAGCAGGGAGCUGCUUGGAUGGAUGGUGGCAAAACUGAAGAGCGUCCCUCCAGCAACACAGGAACGGUUACGAUGGGUCUGAACACCAAGAUCAAGCAGCAAGGUGCAGGCAGUGGCAGAGGCAGACCAUUUGACCAGGAGUCCCUGGAAAGUUUUAGCAGUGUGCCAGAUCCCAUGGACCCGACAACUGUGACUAAAACCUUCAAAUCAAGAAAAGCUUCAGCACAAGCAAGUCUGGCUUCUAAAGACAAAACUCCCAAGUCAAAGAACAGGAGAAGAAGAAAUAAAGAGCAAGGCAAAAUCCUGGGAGCUAACGGCAUUGGACAAGACAGUGCUAGUGUCUCAAGUGCCAGUGAAUGUAAAGAGAGGGGUCUCCACGUCACACAGACAGAAGAAUUUGGAAAUGCCUUGGAUAAACUAACUCAUGACAAACUGGAGAAAAAAUUAAGACAUCGUAAAUCCAAUGAUCUUUCAUCAGCACAUGUUUGGAGAGCACCCUUCCACUCUAACAGAAAUGCAUGCACUGAAGCACCAGAAACUGGCAGUGAUUUUUCUAUGUUUGAAGCUUUACGGGAUACAAUCUAUUCUGAAGUGGCAACUCUAAUUUCACAGAAUGAGUCUCGACCACAUUUUCUUAUUGAGCUUUUUCAUGAACUUCAGAUGCUCAAUACGGACUACUUGCGUCAAAGAGCACUUUAUGCAUUACAGGACAUUGUUACCAGACAUCUGUCGGAGAAGAAAGAGACAAACGAGGAGGCCGCAAUGUCUCUCAGUUCAGCUGCAUGGGCUGCUUCUAAUUCAGAACUUACCCCAAGUGAAAGUCUAGCUACAAGUGAUACUGAGGUAUCGGAAAAGAACGUUGAGAGCAAAUCUCGCUUAAACAAAAAACAGAAUGAAGGUGAUGGUGGAUUUUUGGAUAAUGCAAGUGUAUUGUCAACCUCUUCAAAUCUUGAACCUUUUGCAAAUGAUGAUCUAGGUAACACUGUGAUUCACUUAGACAAAGCACUGGCUAGGAUAAGGGAAUAUGAGCGCAUGAAGCUCCAAGCUGAAUAUAACAAGAAUGCUGCUGAGUCUUCUGCGUCUGAACAAGGUGCUGCUGAAAGCUUAGAAGGCACUUGCAAGAGCCCUUCUGUUACUGGUCAUGUUUCUUCAGAUAUUCCUUGUCCACGCAUUGAUACUCAGCAACUGGAUAGGCAGAUUAAAGCCAUCAUGACGGAAGUCAUACCCUUUCUUAAGGAGCACAUGGAGGAUGUUUGCUCCUCACAGCUGCUAACUUCAAUUAGACGUAUGGUCCUGACACUCACGCAACAAAAUGAUGAGAGCAAGGAGUUUGUGAGGUUUUUCCAUAAACAACUAGGGGGUAUACUACAGGAUUCUUUAACUAAAUUUGCUGGUAGGACUCUGAAGGAAUGCGGAGAAGAUCUUCUUGUGGAAAUUUCCGAGAUCCUUUUUAAUGAAUUGGCUUUCUUCAGGCUAAUGCAAGAUCUUGAUAACAGCAGUGCUAUAAAACAGAAAUGUAAAAAUAAAAUGGAACCUACAACUGUUAAACCAACUCUUAAUCCAGAGGAAAAUAAACUGCUUGAAGGUGAACAGUCUUUUACAGGAGCAUUUGAGGAUGAAGAUAAAGACAAAGAUGAAACUGAGCAGGAUCCUGUAAUUGAGUCGGAGAUAAAUGAAACCACUGAAGUUAUGGAGAACAUGAGUUGUAAUACGUCUGACAGAGAUGAUGAAGAUGAAGACAGCGAAGGUCUGCCCGUUUCUAUAAGUCUUUCUAAAGCAGAGACUCAGGCGCUGACUAACUAUGGCAGUGGGGAGGAUGAGAAUGAAGAUGAGGAACUGGAGGAGUUCGAAGCUGGACCUGUUGAGGUUCAGACCUCUCUGCAAGCUAGUAAUGAAACUGCAGAUGAAAAUGAGCAGGAACAGAGUACAAAUGUAAAAUCAGAAAAUGUGACGCAGACAGAUCGGUCUGAGCAGGAUUCUGUUAUUAGCUUGGAAGUCUCCGCCUUUAGACACCAAAUGCCCUCUGAAAACAAUGUAACUGCUGUUACUGAACCCAUUGAUGGGAACUCUAAAGAUGUGAAUGAGAGUGGUGCUGAAGCUGUCUCUGCUGCUGCUAUAAAUGAAGUCACUACAGAAGAGGUGGUUUCUUCCGUACCACUUAAUGAAGGAACAGUUGCAGAUACUGCUCCCAUGCAAAUGGACACCGGAUCUGCCACUGUAACUCCAGAAAGCUCUUCGGCUUGCAGCCCUUAUACAGACUCUCCCGUCAUGAUUGAUUAUGAGGCUGAAUCUGGAAACCUAAGCCAAAAGUCUGAUGAAGAAGACUUUGUUAAACUGGAAGAUUUACCAUUGCAGCUUUCGGUAUUAUGUGAGGAUGAACUGUUGAAAAGAAUCGCAGAAGAACAAGAGAAGAAUAAUUUAACUACAGAAAUUAUUAGUGGUUGUGGUGAUGGACCCCAAGGCCUUGCUGGAAAUGCCCAAAUACUGAAAGAGCCUGAAACUAUUGGAGCCCAAAGUGCAUGAAGACUCUUCAUUUAAUGUACACUUUCAGUUUUACUGUAUAUGUAAGUUAGCACAUGUACACGUUAUUCCUACAUACAGAUCUGAUUUAAAAUUGUAAUAACUUGUAAAAUAGAAUUCAACACACUCCGUCUUUUAGAGUAGAUAUGCUGUACGAGCGCUACAAAGCCUUGAAUUAGAUAUGCAAAGUAUUGAAUGCAGUGUUUUAAUGUGUCUUACAACUUUUUAUGUUUGACUAACUAACUUUUAGGCAUGUUGUAUGGCUUACAUUUUACUGUUUUUGUUUUAAAAUGUUUAAUAUGCAGUUUAAAAUAAAAUAUUAGUUUCUUGACUGUAAA